AUGGCAUCGCUUCUGAACAUUUCCGAAAUGUCAUCAGGAAUAUCAGCAGAAGCUGAAAGAGCAGCAGCAGGAGCAUCGGGCGGGACGCAAGGUACUUCACAGUUCUGGGACGACUUCUGGAACACGCUCUACCAGUUCACACACCCGUUCUCGUCUACAUUCUUUGACUCACUCUUCAGCGACAUUGAUGCGGACAGCCAGGAGGCCAUCUUAACCAAACCACAAUCGCCUGAUGCACAAGCUACCGGAGCUGCCACAGUAGAAUCAAACGCAAAACUUCAUUUCAAGGACGCUAGCUCCUUCAAUAAGUUUUGGCAUGGACUACAGAAGGGAAAGCUCCACCAUGAUAGUCAGCUUAACACUCCACUUGAUCACGCAAAAGCCGCAUGGGCUGACUUUAUAGCCGCCUCCACUGGGUUCGUUUCAUCUAUUGAGUGGCAACAAACAUGGAUCCUAUUGAUUUUGACACUACAUCUUUGUAUAUUUGUGACAAUUAUACUACUACGCAACAAACCCAACGCUCUCGCUGCCACGCUCCUUUGUACUAUCGUUUUUGCUGCACUGUCAGAGCCACUCAACAGAAUCGGAAACCGGCAUUGGCAGGUGUUUUCUGAUGAUAAUUACUUUGACGAGCACGGCGUUUUUACAAGCCUAGUCUGGGCUGGACCCCACAUUAGCAAUGCUUUUCUGGCAGUGAUUUUUCUAUUAAAAGCUACUGCUACGAUGUUGAUCAAGGUGAAAAAGGCUCAACUUCAGAGUCAAUAUAAAAAACGUAAAUGAUAAAUGAUAGCAAAUAGUUUAGUGAUCCCUACCAAUGAACCAUAGCC